GCUUGAGUACAGACUUACAGUUGCAGAGUACUUGACUGCUUGCUUAACUGCAACAUUCAUGGAAGCCUUGAGACAUUCCUAUCAUUUCUGAAAUUUAUUUAUUGACGAAACGAAACUUGAAAGCAUUUCUUAACUGCUUUUGCAGCUUGCCAGCUCCAACAUCUGAAAUUUGAACACAGUAGUCGAUAUUCGGUAAGAGUUCAAAUUUUCUUGCUAAGAAGGUAACAAAUUUCAUGCAAAAGCAACUGGAGCUGCUUGUAACAGCCAUAUAUCCACACUGCGUAAGUAUCUAUUUGAGGGGAAACAGAGAAUGGUAUGUUGGUCCAUUGAAGAGGAGCCUAUCAUUUACUCACUAAACCAUUUUACUUCAACCAAUAAUUUCAAAGAGAUCAAGAAAUUUCAUGGCCAUCUACUUCGUAGGGGAUUGCUUUAUAGUUCCUUUAAUGUUCUCACUAAGCUUAUGUGUUCAUGCAUAACUAUAGCAUCCAAUAAGAAUACUCAUCAAACUCUGGAUAGCUUCUUCUCUUCCAUAAGCUCUCUAAACCAAGUACCCUUUAACAUGUUACUUGCUGAUUUAAGUCGAACUGGAUUCUCUUCUUUGGCUUUGAGGACGUUAUCUUUGAUGCACUUGCAUGGUGUUCAGCUGGAUAGUUAUGCCUUGUGCAGCGCGUUGACUGCUGCUUCAAGUGGCAAAACUGUUAAUUUUGGUAUGCAGGUGCAUACCUAUAUAGUGAAGGCAGGUUGGUCUGCAAGUGUAUUUGUGGGUAGUGCUGUUGUUGGUCUUUAUUCUAGAACAUUACUCAUUGAUGAUGCAGAAAUGGCGUUUCAUGAAAUUCCAGUGAAAAACUCUGUCUGUGCAAAUGCCCUUUUAGCAGGUUAUGGCGAGACAAAAAUUUGGAUUAGGGGACUUGAACUAUUCAGAAAGAUGCCUUCGCUGAAUAUAAAUUAUGAUCACUUCACUUUGACAGCAGCUUUAUGUGCAUGUGCAGGGCUCUCGGCUAUUGGCUUGGGUAAGCAAGUGCAUGCCUAUGUGCUCCGGGUAACUUCUGGCAUAGAAACUGAUGUGGUUCUCUUAAGUUCAUUAAUUGAAAUGUAUGGGAGAUGUGGGUUAGUGAGCAAGGCUCUGCAAAUUUUUAACUUAUCUGGACUUGAAGUUGGGGUAAGGCAAAGGAGAGAUGUUGCUCUUUGGACUUCAAUGUUAGGGUCAUACGGUAGAAUUGGGAAUUAUAUAGAAGUAAUUCGAUUGUAUCAGGACAUGUUGGCUGAAGGAGUGAGGCCUGACAAGAUAGCCUUUGUGGCUGUUAUAUCAGCUUGUGCUCACGCUGGCAAAGUUGAUCUUGGUCUCUCUUAUUUCGAGUCCAUGAUCCGUGACUUCAGGCUAGAUCCUGGCCCUGAGCACUUCAGCUGUGUAGUUGACAUGCUUUGCAAAGCUGGUGAAUUGGAGAAGGCUUGGAAGCUAAUGAGUCAGAUGGCUGAAAAAGGGAUUCACAUUUCUGUUUCAUUAUGGGGGGCCUUGCUUAAUGCUUGCAAGGAAUGUGGAAAUGUUAAUUUGGCUAGGAUAGCUGCUAAGAAGGCCCUUGUGUUGGAUCCUCAAAAUGCUGGAGUUCUUGCUUUACUGUCAAACCUGUAUGCUAACUUCAACAUGUGGGACGAAAUUAAGCAAUUAAGUGAUUUGAUGAAAGAGCGAAAAAUAAAGAAAGAUGCUGGUUGUAGUUGGAUAGAGGUGACUGGUUGAAGUAGAAGAAAUAGUUUACAAAGUGGAAUAUACUUGUUUGCUUCCAUAUUUUCGGGGAAUCAGUAAGAGAAGUACAUAGUUUCAAUUAAGGGAUUUACACCGAUUUAUAAUCCUCUCAAGACAGGAUAGAGACUUCGAUGUACACUUUUCAUGUUACAUAUCAUCCGAGCUGAUCUAUGUGGAUUAUGGUAUGUUCUUAUGUUGGAAUGUGUUAUUUUUAGUUGGGGGGGGAAGGAUGAGCAAGCGAAGAGUGAAGAUGAGAUAGAACACAUAACGCUCAAGACACAAAGAUGCAAAUUGCAGAGCGUGUAUUAUUGAGACGCUGGAUGAAGUUUUUAUCAAGGCAAGUCUAUCUUCUGGAGUGUCCACGUAUGCUGGAUAAAGUUUCUUAUCAAGCCUUUAGAAGUAGAGAAUUCUAUCUCGUGGAGUUGCAUGCAACUUUCUUUCCCUUUGAGAUCUGUAGAUGUAUAUCCUAUUCCCUUUGUUCUUAGAAACCGGAACAAACUCUUGUCAUGCCUAUAACUUCAAGUUUUGCUGCAAUAAGUGAUCAUGGAUAUAUAAUUAUCAGUUUGCAAGAUGUGUUCUAA